AUGCCUGGCGGCAGGGAGGACGAGAUUUGUCAGAAAGCGCUGCAGCUGCUGGCCGAGCUCUGCUCCAGCGGGGCGGUGGAGAACGAGAACUGCCUGGAUUUCAUCUACUACUUGCGGGACAGAGCCCGGCCCCGGCUCACGGACUCAGAUAUCUCAGUAAGCUUGCUGUCCUUAGUUGUCACAGCCUGUGGACUUGCUCUCUUUGGUGUGUCUCUGUUUGUGUCCUGGAAGCUUUGCUGGAUCCCUUGGCGAGAACGUGGCCUGCCCUCUGGGAGCAAAGACAACAAGCAGGAAUCGCUGAACUAUACAGACACAGAGACCAAUGACCAUGAAUACAGUGAGGAUUACCUGGGGCAGCCCACUUCCUACCCGGAGUCCUCCCUAAAGAUUAGCCACACCUCCCCUGAUAUUCCAUUAGAUGCUCAGGCAGGGACCAAGGAGAAUUGUGUGCACAAUGUCCGAAUGCAUCGCCAAAUCACAGAACCAACCUCUUCUGCUCGGCACAAUUCAAUCCGAAGACAGAUCAAGCUCUCGAACCCUGACUUCAACAUCCAGCAGCUUCAAAAACAGGAGCAGCUGACGGGGAUUGGACGCAUUAAGCCAGAGUUGUAUAAGCAAAGAUCAGUGGAUACCGAUGAUGGCCGGAGGAAUAACAGCAAGGCCUGUGGGAAACUCAACUUCAUUCUGAAAUAUGAUUGUGAUUUAGAGCAGUUGAUCGUGAAGAUUCACAAAGCUGUCAACCUGCCAGCAAAGGACUUUUCUGGAACUUCAGACCCUUAUGUGAAGAUCUAUUUGCUUCCGGAUAGAAAAACAAAACAACAGACUAAAGUGCAUAGAAAGACCCUAAACCCAGUGUUUGAUGAAGUUUUUUUAUUUCCCGUUCCGUACAAUGAUCUGACCACAAGGAAACUCCACUUCUCUGUUUAUGACUUUGACAGAUUCUCCAGGCAUGACUUGAUUGGCCAAGUGAUAGUGGAUAAUUUUUUAGAUUUGGCAGACUUUCCCAGGGAAAGUAAUAUUUGGAGGGAUAUUGAGUAUGUCACCAAUGACAAUGUGGAUCUUGGUGACUUGAUGUUCUCACUCUGCUACCUUCCAACAGCUGGCAGGUUAACUAUUACCAUAAUAAAGGCUAGGAAUUUAAAGGCAAUGGACAUAACAGGAGCAUCAGAUCCCUACGUGAAGGUUUCUUUAAUGUGCGAGGGAAGGCGCCUAAAGAAAAGGAAAACUUCCACCAAGAGGAAUACCCUCAAUCCUGUUUACAAUGAAGCCAUAGUCUUUGAUGUCCCUCCGGAAAACAUUGACCAAAUUAACUUGUCAAUAGCAGUUAUGGAUUAUGACCGCGUAGGUCACAAUGAGGUAAUUGGAGUGUGUCAAAUAGGCAACGAUGCAGAGAGUCUAGGCCGGGACCACUGGAAUGAAAUGCUCUCGUAUCCUCGGAAACCGAUUGCUCAUUGGCAUCCGCUUGCAGAGGGCCCUAUUCAGCAGAAAUGUUAUGCGGGCCUUCUGCGCAUGGAUGGCUGCCGAAGAGGCUUCCUCACCCUUUUAACCUAUUCAGCAGAAAUUUGGCAUUCCUGUUGAUCUCUUUCUUAGCCAUUUCCUCAGGAGCCAU